UUGAGGAAGGAACUGUAUAAAUCUGACGGGCUAGUCUGCAGGUGCAGGUCAUUCGAAAUCUGAACACGAAGCUAGCCGCACAAGUUUAAGCGCUGCUCCUACCCCCAGAAAUUCAAUUUCCCUGUGCACAAAACCAAAUUAAGAGCGGAAGAGAGACAGAAAAAAAAAGUUUAAUACAAGAGAGAGAGACUUGCGUCUAUUUGUAGAAAUAGAUUCCUGCCCAAAAGUCUGAACCUUAAUUGACACUUUUCCGCCACCCGUCGUUUUUCCCCAUAGGCAAAACUAGAGAAAAAAAAAUCUAAAAUGCGAUUCUACAGUACAGUUUGGUUAAUGUUGUUAGUGCUCUCGUUACUGGUCGUGUUGGAAAGUGUUUCAUCAUAUCCAGCUGGCGAAGAUGCGGAUGAAUCGAUCGCCGCUACCAGUCGAUUACCAGCCGGUCGGAAACAUUCGAAAUCCAUCGCCAAAGAAGGCAAGACCAAAAGCAAGAAGAAUCAUCAUCAUCAUAAUCGUCACUCAUCAAGAGGAUUGAAACAAGUGACGGAUUACGACUACGCAGCUAGUACGGCGGGCGACGCUACAGGUUCUCCCGUUUGGCGAAAGCCAAUCAGCAAGGACGAUCGAUCGCCUUGGUCUGAGCCGAAACAUCGUCGCAACAAGAAAAGCGGCGGCGGCGGCCCGAACAGGAAGAACAACAACAAGAAAAGGAGCGGGACCAAACAAGAGAAGCAGCUCGACAAGAGGAAGGCGGCCGUCAUGCGGACGGCGAGACGUGCCGAAGCGUUCGACAACAUCAACGACGACACGGCCGCGAUCGACUCGACCGCUGCCGGACAACAAAAUCUCAAUCAACUCUUGGGCUUGGGUAAGCCCCGCCCUCUUCUUCCUCCCGCUUCUCAACUCAAGCCUUUCGUUAGCGUAGGCGUCUUUGGCGACAUGAGGAAAUUCUUCGAUGAACUGCGGACUAAUUUGGAUGUUGAAACUGUGGCCGCCGAAGCAGCCGCAGCAGCAGCCGAACAAGAUUCAACUGCCCCCAAAGUAUCGGACGACGAUUUAUCUCAAAUCGCAGGAUUGGAAGACUACGAAGAACUGCCCAACUACCAGGCCCUUCGAACGGCAACGGGAUCUGAAAGAGGUAAUUCUUUGCCCGUCCAACAACAGCAGAGGCGUUAUUCUCGUUUGAGGGGAUUCGUCGCCAUGGGAGGGCCUGGACAGUCUGAAACAUCACGUCAUCAUCACAGGAGCCAUCAGUAUGAUCCCGCUCUCCUAUGGACGGGAUUAGGCCGUCGCCGUUGAUGAGGGAAUCCAGCAAAACACACCUUUCGCACACCAACACACACACACACAAAAUAGACACGUACACCCGAAUUUUUUUUUUUUCUUUUAAAAAAGCCAAUCUUUUUGGCCUCUCUCCUUUUAAUUUCCUAAUUAUAUAUAUUUAUAAAUAUAUAUAUAAGUCGAGGAACCGGGAUAUACGUCACGCAAUGAAAGUGAAGGGAAUAAAAGGCAAAAGUCAGUCAAGAUAUUAAAAAAAAAGCAAAUGGUUAUACAAUGCCCACGUCUAGCCACAAGAAGAAAUGGUAUAGCAGAGUGCGCCAGUCAAGAAAACUUUUUCUAUAUUCAUUUUCGAAUGUGGUCUCUCUCUCAUUCUCUUCGUUUCUCCUUAAAAAUCACAAUUUUUAGCUUGUAAUUCCAAUUUCACUUUGAAACCCUCCGAUCUUUUCCAAGCGAUCUUCGUGUAGGCGAUAUUAUUAUUAUCAUAUGUCAAUGAUGACUAGACUUAAUUAACUUUAAAAAACAAUUAUAUUUCGAUUGUUGUUGAAACAUUCAAAUUUCUCCCUUUCGUCUGUAUUUUCGUGUGUUUCUCAUUUGUUUCGAUGUUGUUACCCCCAACUCAAAAGUCAAGGCGAUAUGAGCUCCUAACUAAACAAAAAUUAACAAAACAAACCCAGGCAGGAUCCCACGUAUUAUUAUCCAACCCGUGAUUGUUGAUAUACUCUUUGAUUUUAGUUUGAUUACCAAUUUAUGCUUUUGUGUUCUUUUUAAUUCUUUUUUUUUAAAUCCUGGCAAUCGAUGAAAUAGUUGCCCCCUUUUUCCAAUUUUGAUUUCUCAAUGUCGAUCGAUUCUGUCAUGUUUUCACACGCAGCACUUGAUCUCACCACACACGUAAAGCAAAGUAAAAAUACGCCCCAGUGUCCAGCAACUUGUAACACUGUAUGAUGACGAUCAGAGUCAAAUUUAUCUUUAACUAUAUCGGAAAUAUAUCGAGAGCAUCCAAACGUCA